AUGCCUGAUGGAGCUAUCAAGGUAGUACAACAUGCACUCACUCCGGCUGAAAAGCAAUACGGCCAACCGGACCGUGAAGGCCUUGCCAUCGUGUACGCUGUGACCAAGUUCCACCGAAUAUUCAUAUUCGCACGUUUUGGAAUGCCGAAUACGUUAGUCAGCGAUAAUAAUGGUGUGCAGUUCAAGAGUGCCGAGUUUGCUAGUUUUUGUAUCGACAACGCAAUCGACCACAUCACCACGGCACCGUAUCACCCACAAUCUAACGGGCAGGCCGAGCGUUUCAUCGACACGUUCAAGCGAGCCAUCCGGAAAAUUCGACAGGGAGGAGAAGACAUACAGGCAGCUCUCGAUAAUUUUCUGCUUACCUACCGAACCAUCCCAAAUCCCUCUACACCAAACGCUCCUCCAGUACAAGUGGCUAAUAAAGAUGGAAAACUACGGUCGUUUGAUAAAGGGGAUCGGGUGUACGACCAAAUCCAUACUAAGAACACUUGGCGAUGGGCUCCUGCUAAAGUGUAA